AUGACAGCCAGCACGACGUCACAGACAGCCACGUCGACAACGGCAACGGUUUGGGCAACAACCCGCUACCUGCACUGGAGCUCCCUUUACUCGAUUCUUUUCACGGAUUCAUAUGAAGCAAGUGAUGAGUUCUGGUGGUCCGUGGAGUUCGUGAGCAGCGGCACCGUCAGGCUCAAGAACAUCAAGGAAGGUACAUACCUGGCCUCUGAUGGGUCCACGCUGUCUUUAGAGACCACUGCAAGCGAUGCUGGGUUGUGGAAGUAUGCUACAUCCGCGGAUUCUGUGACAUUGCAGCAUUCAAGCUCUUCCAAAUUCCUAUGCACCGCGGAUGUCCCCGACUUAUCGGCCAGCUGUGACACGAACAGUUGGACUGUUACUUUCCUGGACAACAGCGUGGCUGCGUCAGUCUUCACCUCUGUCACCGUGACGACAACAUCUGUCACGAUAACAUCCAGGACGACAACUGAGACCGUGGUCACAGCUACAGUAACCAGCUCCACUUACACCACGUCAAUGACGGAGACGAGCUCCUCGAUGACAGCCACCCUGACGACCUCAACAAUCUCCACUCAGACUGUCACAAGCACAAGUGCCACCUCAACCUCUGUAGUCACCACAACAACUACCUACACCACGGCAACGUUAACAACAACUUCGACACUGACCGCUCAGUUCGAUAGAACCCGGUUCGACGUGAACUUGAAAGAUGGAAGGUAUUACAUCAGUCUCUUGGCACCAGCCGCUGACGAACAGAUGGAGGGUCACUACUUGCAGGAGUGUCACUCGAGUACGCAGCAUGUGGCGUUCGUGUAUGACAAAGAUGCCAAGACACAGUCCAUCUACAUCGAUGGGACUUUAGACAAGACGUGCUCAGGCAUCGAGUCCUUGAACACGAAUGAGGACAAUCAGCGGUGGCCUGAGAAGCCUAUGUGGUGCACAGUCCUUAUCGGUGGUUCUGCGCUUCACAGGCACCGACUGUCGGACUCAGUUAGUACCUUCUGUGCGACCUACGGAAUGCUGUGCCUAAAGGCAGCUACGUCUAGCGGAGCCCUGGAUGACACUGCCAGCGACCAGAUGUGGAGGGCUGCCAGCGACAGCGACGAGUAUAUGACCAUUGAUGUGGGCUCCAGCAAUUUCUACGUCUGUGGCGUAGUCACGCAGGGCAGCGGCAGCCAGAACUAUUGGGUGGAGACUUUCGAGGCAGGGCUAGGUGAUGAUAAUACCAACUAUGCUGCCAUCUCCGGCACUUACACCACAGCGGGUAACCAGACAACCCAAAAGUUGUCAAGGUUCCCAUUGCCGAUGCGUGCCCGUUAUGUUCGAAUUUGGCCGGCCACCGUGAACGGGGCCCUGGCCAUGCGGGUCGGUGCGCUACAGAGCUUAGAGCAUUCUAGCUGCAAGCGGUUCACAAAUCACCGAUGGCAACAAAUGCUCCGACAGUUCCUCUUUCUCGGGAGCAAUGGUGACAGCGUCAACGGAGCCACUUUGUCGAACGAUGCACCAACAAAGCUGGUGAACAAGGUGGUAGUGUAUGGGUGCGAGAAUUUGAUGUAUUGCGGCCGGGGCCUAGAAGUUUCAACCGAUGGCACGACGUGGUCCACAGUCUUUGACGCAGACACGGCUUACGAUGAUGAUGAAGCUCCGAAUGUGACCUACAGUGAUGUGGAGAUGGGCUCGGGAAGUACAUUCCUCUUUGAUCUGCGUGCGAUUCGCUAUGUCAAGGUCUGGUCCAGCAUCAGCAACAGCUCAGCUGAAGUCCACUUUGCAGAGAUCGAAGUCUUCGAGCAGGCAGCGGAGCUCAACUACCAAUUUGACACAGAGAUGGCAAGUACGGCCGUAACGAUGGGUUCGCUGAGUGAUUUGGGCAUGUUGUCUGACUACACUUUCAUGGCAUAUUGGAAUGCUGACAGCCUCACGACCGACUCUUUGUAUCCGAUUUUCGGGCAGACGCAGACCAGUGGCUUGAAUUUCUAUAUCAAGCAGACAGCCACCAACACAGUUCAACUUGAGCACAAAGUGGAUGGCUCUAACGGCUGCAGCACCGCGGCGACUGCAGUGGAAAGUACUUGGAAUCAUGUGGCAUUGUCCUUCACAGCAAGUACAAAGGCAUCAGCCUUCUAUUUGAAUGGUGAAGCAGUUUCGCCAACCUGUUCAGCAGAGAUCAGCGCAUCCGAUGGGACUGUCGAGUACGGAGGAGGUCGUGAACAGGGAACCUGGAAAGGGAGCCUCGAGCAGGCAAGAGUGUAUUCAAGAACCAUCCUUUCGGAAGACCUGACGAAUUUCAGCAAUUGGUGCGCCACCCACGCCUGCGGCCCGGGAUACCGCCGCAACUCCCGUCGCAGAACAACCUGCAGCAAAACGAGCUGCACAGAUGCAGAGUGCUGUGAGGAGUGGCCUACCUGCGCGGACAGUGAUUGUACACAGGAUUCGAAGUACACUUCCAGAAGGCGCAACUACUGCUUCCGGUCCUGCACAGAGACUUUGUGCUGUACCUGGCGUGAAAUGAACUCCUUCGUCUUGAGUGGCACCUCAACGCCGACAGUCACCACUCAUGGCACUCAAACUUGGGUGGACGAAGGGUCGACUUGCCUAGAUCAGUUCAACGAGACACUCCCAGUUUCAACGAGUGGAACGGUAGACCGCACGGCAGCUGGUACGUACACCGUCACCUACUCCUGCACCGAGAAGACGAACACAAGCAAGGGCACCUUGACAAGAACCGUCACGGUGGUGGAGAGCAUGUACAUCAAUCCAGCACUGUAUUGGAUUGUGCAGCGUGAGGCAGGAUCCUGGUCGGACACAGAAUCCAAGUGCUAUGACACAGCGGACACUUUCAAUGCCGACGUCGCGGAUAUGCACCAGUCUUUUACAUGGGAUGCUAGCACGCGACUUUAUUUGGGCACGCUGGUCGACGGCACCACGCAGGGCAAAACGGAGGAAAACUAUACUGUCGAUUACACUUGCUCCCUGACCGGCGAACAGAUCUUGAAGACCUUGAUGGUGCGAGAUGCGAUACGCCUGUACGGUCCCGAUCCUCACGUGCUUCGCGCGGGGCGACUCCGCUGGAACGAGGGCCAGUGUGAGAUCUGCGACACAAAUGACAGCAAUCCUGGAGAGUCUUCCUGCAGUUACUCAGAUGACAACUCCAGCACCACGGACAAGUGUGGGCUGACGGCAACUGGGUGGAAGGCCAGCUCAGAUGCAGGGGCGGGCACCUACUUACAGCUGGACCUGGGUUCAGAUGAGAAGGUGGCAGGAGUCAAAACAAAGGGACACUCUGAGGAGGAAGCGUGGAUUAAAACUUACACGGUCGCGUACUCAACGGAUGGGGCGAGUUGGACGGAUGUGUCCGGUACACUCACCGGCAACACUGACCAGAAUACGGAAGUUGAAGCCAUGCUGCCUUCCGUAGUCACAGCACGCUGGUGGCGCAUCAUCGCGCAAACGUUCAACAAUCUCGUUGCUGGGCGAGCCGCCAUGAUGGUCUGCAGCUCUGAAAGUACCAGCACUGACGCAAAUUGCCCAUGUGGAUAUGUCACAGCGCCCGAAGCAGAAGCUUGCAGAACCGAUGUGACGGUCGACUGCAUCGAUACAACAGGGACCGCACAAACCCCGACUUUGGCCCCGUCGACCAUCAACGCGCUUGAUGCAUCCUCAACGACGGUAACAUACUCCUGCUCCGAUGCUCCUGAUUACACGCGGACAGUGACGAUUCGGGACUCAAUCUCAUUAAUUGGCAGCUCCUCCAUAUUGGUCCCGGGGGGCAUCUCAGGCAAUUGGAACGUCACAGGUGACACUUUCCACGAGAAUGGCAGCACUUGCAUCACGCAUUUGGGCGAAGAGAAGACGCCAAGUGUGGAUUUGGAUUACCUCCCUUUCACUACGGAGCGGACAUACGUCAUCAACUACGAGUGCCGCAGACGAGCUGCGCCUAUACUGCAGCGCAUCGUGGAAGUGCGAUUUCCCCACAGGUUUGACAACGAGGCUAAGAAGGUGUGGACCCUGGGACGUCAGCUGGGUGCUUCUGGUACCCACUAUGAAGACACAUGGACUUGCAUGGACUUGACUGCCUCAUCAAAGAGUUCUUCGAGGGUAGCAGUCAGCUCAGAUUUCUUUGAUCGCUACAUCGAGAAUUACGUGUCCUAUCCGAUAAUUUCUUGUGCCAGUGAUGUGCCGACAUUGGUUCGCUCAGGAGAAGUGCGCCAUCCUAUCUACCUGGUCAGUGACCGGCAGGAGUUUCGGCUUGGUAUCAGCCAGAGCUCUUCAGGUACCUACAGCUUGGGCCAAACUGACUUUGAUGCCCGCUUUGCGGCCAGUCGCUUUCAGAUUAUUCGGCGUAGCUGCGCAUCCUGUGGAACUGGGUUCCAGGACAUCUACUACCGCCGACUCACUGCAAUGCCAAGCGCAUUCUCUGCGUAUAAGAUGAUGGCCUGCGAAUGGACUUCCACAAACAACGUGGGAGGUACAGAUUUCAAGCUCUACAGCACUUUAGCCGAUGCUAUUGCAGACACCAACGCAUGGUCUGAGUAUGGCUUCGGUGGUACGGACGUCGGGUUCCCUGGGACUUCUGGACCUUCUUCGGCGUCAAGUGGCGAAUUCAGCAGCAUUCCGGUGUCUGAGUGUUCUUCAUCUUCAACCGCGACAGGAGUAGAUAGCAACUUCUACAUAUAUGACUAUGCCUCUUCAGUGGUCCCUGGCACGUGCACAAGGGACGUGGGCACUCUGGGUAGCGGCGCGCAAUGUCAGGACGAUGAUGGUUUUGAGAGCCGACUAGGGUUCCUAAUGUUCACCAAGGAGUCCCGUGCCACCAGGUGGCAGUCCACUGCCACAUCCUAUGCGCAUAACUUUGUUUGUGCUCGUUUCACGGGCUUGGAGUGGCAGUACCUCGAAGGGAGCACAUGGACCCAAUUCGUCCCCUACACGACCGACGUGCUCCUGGCGCGAAUCGAGUUUGACAACAACACCAUCACAUCCUUGAAAGGCUCUGAUGAAGAAUACUACACGGUGAAGAUGGGCUAUGUAGAUGGUGAUUUAGCGUUCACCUUGGAGACCAGCUCAGUUACAAUUGUUGGCACAUCUUUCGUUGCGAGGUGUGGUGAGGACUUGUGGUGCCAAAAUGGUGUGCGACCCGACGGAACUGACGGGGCAUCUUACUGCUGCGCUAGCUCUUGUGGGACCUGCGGCGGAACAAGCUGCUCAAACAAUGGGGCUUUAGACAUUUGCUGCCUGGAUACUUUGCUGGAAGCUGGACGGAUUUGUCGGGACCAUGACGAUGUGUCCUGUUUGAUCCCGGAGUCGUCUGUCCUGUGUGGUGGCAACCUGCAGCUGAACAACUUCGAGUCUGCAGCCAACAUGAAGGCAGCAGGCUGGACCAUCGACUCAGACAGCGAUUCGAAUCUGUUCGAGCCAGAUGCCUCCCUGAUUGGCUGGUACAGGGGCUUUGCUGCAGGUUCCACUGCUGGUGGCAUCAGUACGACACUGCGCGGCUAUGGACAGCUCGACCUGACCUACGGCAACGGGAAUUCAGGCUCGGAGUCCAACAAUGAAGUUCAAGUGCUCCUUGACGGCAGUGUUGUUGACACAGCCGACUCCUCCCAGUCUGAGAAGACCGUGAGCAUCGAUUUCACCGAUAAUGCUAGCCUGGAGAUCAAGGAUGCGGGUGAUGCCAUCAUUCUGGUAAAGGGGCUGGCUUUCAAGUGCUUGCUGCAAGAUUUCUGGCCUCGCGUGAUAAUUCAAAGUGGAGAGAUGGAUGCACCCAGUUCCUGGACAGUUUGGCCAGCAGAGACUUGCUGCUUGGAGUGGGAGACGACCGGCACAUGGAGUGACACCGUGAGCACAAGCGUGACUACUAUUUCGACUGCUAAUGAGGGCUUAUUCCCGGUAACCUACACAUGCACAAGGGGUAGUUAUCCAUCAACGAGGACGGUCAUUGUGAAAGUCCGGCAUCCCGUUGAGUUGGUUGGUCUGGAGGCCAUGAUUGUGCGGCAGGCUGCAGGUUCCACUUUUACGGACCCAGGUGCGGCUUGCGUCGAUCGAGACUUAGUCCCGCUGGCAGUUUCAACUUCCCCGUCGAGCCUUUCUUUGGACACGAUUGGUGAGUUUUCUUUGACGUACUCGUGCACAGACGGCAGCAGCCGCACGUCCAGCAGGGUUCGAUACGUCCAGGUUGCACCUGCGAUUGAGCUGAAGGGGGAUGCAGUCAUUGUUAUUGAAAAGGACAAGUCCUGGAGUGACCCUGGCGUGCAGUGUGUAGACAUUGACAAUGGAUUGUUGGCCCACACUUCCAGCCCGUCUAUUGACACAUCAUCAGCAGGAACGACCACGGUCACAUAUACGUGCACGGAUAGUAGCAGUGCGACAUUGACCGCCACGAGGACCGUGAUUGUCACCAGUGGCUUACCUGGAACAAUCGUCCAGGGCCCAAGCACUGGUAUCGUACUGUUGCUUGGAGAAACUUUCGAGGAUCCAGGUGUAUGCUGCAAGGACAACCACAAUCAGGUUCUGCCGUUCUCCAGCAUCAUGAAUGAAGCACAUUCCAAAUGGAGCGGGCCGCAAACCCUUUUCUACAGCUGCACUAGCUUUGGUGUUACGGAGAAUGCAGUCAGAACGCUUACAGUCAACAACGUACCCAAGAUUUACCUCACUGGUGAUGAGUCCACACUCUCAGUGCUGGACAACCUCUACGUUGAGGAUGGGGCAGUUUGCACAGAUAUCGAGGAUGGCCUCAUUACAGCCUGGGGAGCCGGCGGCUUAGGCGAUCCGCAACAGCUGCCGGUGCUGCGAGCCGGCGCAAAUGCCACGGUGACCUCAGGUGCUGUGGCGAACAUCUUUGAUGGUGACGAAGCAAGCUCAGUGACGCAAGCCUGUGAGUCCUGUGUGGAAGUAGCCGAGUCUGUGUACCUGUGGUUGGACUUGGGCGCAGGCAAGGUGGUACACAAGUAUGCUCUUGCUGGAAAUGUGUCUGGUGCCAGCCUGCUGGCGGGCCCAGACAUUAAUGUCGGGCCCAGCUGCAAGACUGAUAUCACCACUUCUUUGGGUAGUUCUACAAUCGUGGAAUGCGAUGCGCCUUUGGCCGGACGCUUUGUUACACUUGUCGGAUCUUCUUCGUCCAGUAUGAAGGUUUGUGAGCUCAAGCUCUACGGAACUGUAGGGCCUGCCGCGCCUGCCCGAAUCAACAUCACAGGCUCACCCUCUGGCUGUACGGGUGUUGAUGCUGUCCAGCUUGAAUUGGCUGGACACAAUGACAGCGCAUUAGGUGUGAUGUAUUCCACUCAGGCGCCUGGGAGCAACAAUGAGCUGCGAACCGAUUUGGGCACAGGCCCCCACCUGCAGACGGAGGCUGUCACAGGCACCACGCUGGGCACCCCUGGCUCAGAGCGUUGGGUUCUGCGCGAUUCUAGCUGGGUCGAACAAGCAUCCGCAAGUGGAGGGGAGAGUUUCCCUCCUCUGGAGGGCAGUCAAUGGACAAUAACAACUUCCGGUGCUACUUGCACAGCGCUAUCCUUCCAAAUUGAGCCCGCUGACUCAUGCAGCUGGCUGUUUGGGCCGUCAAGCACCAGCAAUCAGUACGGUUGUGCAGAUGGCAGCGAGUGCAGCUCAGAAGGCUGCUGCUCAAGCUUGGGCGGCGUGGCGCGCUGUCCGCCUGAGCUGCCAAGAAUGUGCGAAGCACAGACCUGCGGCAGUGAUUAUUGCUGCAAAACAGAUUGCACAUCCUUCGGUGGGAAUCGCUUGUGCAAGCAGAGCUCCUUGACUUCCAGCAGUGGAAGCUCGACACUUGCGCGAAUGGAGGUGGUGAAUUCAGUGAUGCCUAAUGACCCAGCGAUCUACAAGGUGACUUACACAUGCUAUGACUCCGCGGGUGCUCACGUCUCCACAACAAGGACGGUGGAGGUGGGAUGCGAGGAUCCAAAUCCAGGUGGAACCUACGGCGGGAAUCGUGUGGCCUGCAGCACCACAACAAAAACGACGGAAAAUGUCGCCAACGAUGAAAUCUGCGAGACUCUCUGCUUAUCGGCCAACAGCAGUGAAUGUGUGGCCUAUCAAUACUUCAGCAACCAGUCGUGCAUGUUCUUGACCUUGUGCACAGGACGCUAUUUCAUGAUCCCCAACGGCACUGACCGCUCCGUGGCGUACUGCCGACGUGUGGACACAGCCCCAAGCAUUUACCUCUCCGAAGGAGUAAGCUGGUUCCUCCUGGGUGCUGCAGUAGACGAAAGCAUGCUGCCUUCAGUGACUUGCUCCGACUCCGAAGAUGCCGGAAACAUGGGAAAACCUACCAACAACAUGGACCAAGUUGUUGACGUCAACACAGCCGGCGGUUACGAAGUGACGUACACCUGCACGGACAGCGCUGGGCAGGCAACAUCAGGGACUCGACUCGUCACCGUGAAGGCAAACUGCUCGGUUCCCACGGUGGAAAACCAGAACUCCACAACUGGAUAUUGUUUGGAGGGGACAACUUUUGCUCAUGGCUCAACAUGCACGGGAGCUUGCAACUACGGCUACGCACCGAGAAAUCCAACUCACACUUGCACCACUUUGUCCGACACAGACUACAACUCGACUUUCAGUCCUUCGCUAUUGGAGUGCGGCGUCCUUCCUUGCGACGAGCCUGUCGUCGACAAUGCUGCGGUAAGCCCCACCGACAGCCUCCUGGCCGCCUGUGCAGAGAGCAACACGGCUCGCAGCUGGGCCGCAGGGAGAGAAUGCACUCCGCAAUGCGCUGAUGGCUACGUCCCCUGGGUUUCCGGGGUCGGCUCAAAUGCUACCUUGAACUGCACUGCAAAAAUUCUGUACCCGGCGACCUUUGAAUGUAAGCUCCCUGCCGCCGCGCCUUUGUCAAUUUUCGCGCCCUCCCGGCCCAAGCCUGAAGGAGCUGUCGACAUCACGUUGCAGUUUGCCACCGGCUUGGACAAUGACUGCACAUGGACCAGAUUCGAAUUUGAGGGCAAGCAGGUGAUCAGCGGUAACACCACAAGCUUCGCGGAGAUGGUCGGGUGUGAGUCCAGCGUAUUCACACUCCGGGAGACGGUAACGUGCAUGGCAACGGGCCUGGUUGAGGGAGGUGAUUACCAAUUUCGUGUUAUGGAGGUGUGCACGAACACAGAAUUGAAUAGCCCCUGGACGGAAUCGGAAGUGUUCACCUUGCGAUUCGUGAUUGUCCCAGACAUUCUGCUUUUGCUCCCGGAAGGCGAUCAGUACAGUGCAGUGAGCCAGGUGCUCUUGGCAAUGCAGGUGGAUGUGUAUGUUACUAACGACACCAGCAAGGCCUUUGUCAUUGAUCGGACAAACAUUCGAGUUGGAGGUGAAGAGUGGUGCCCAACGAGGCAGUGGCGGGUGCCAGCAAACGAGACCAUCGAUGGCAGUCCUGCUGGUUCCUCUACAGUGGGUCUCAUUCAGGAGCGUAUCCUCAUCGCAAACUUCCCUGAUGAUGACUUCAUCAAGCCCGGAUGUUUCUAUGAUGUCUACUGCGAAGAAGGCUUGUUCAUCACAGAGGACACGCCGGCAAAGGUGAAUCCAGAGUUCAGGUGGAACUUCAGCUAUAUUGAUCCUUCGCCCGUGCGGAAAGUGCUGCAGGAGGUCAAGGACGAUGGUGUUUCGGUGACAUUCCAGGUGGAAUAUGACCUGUCAUCAGAAAUCAACUGUACCGUGGCACCAGUGGAGCCAGAUAAUGUGCCGCUGCGGGUGACCGGCCGGGUCACGGAAGGAUCAGCUCGCCCACCCAUCUACGAGAGCGACUUGAACAGGACAUCUGGUGAACACACAGUGUUUGAUGACACGGAGCUCGAAUUUACUGUCACAUCUCUGGUGCCAAGCAAGCAGUACACGAUAAACUGUGAUGGAUGGAAGCGCUACAAGUCUUGGGUUCCAGUGGUGUGCUCCAACUUUCCAAGUGCGUGUCUGGAUGUUAGCUUCAAAACGCUAGAUGACACCCGCAGCAAAGCUCAACAGUUAUCCCAUGAGUCAAUCAAGUAUGACUUUUGUACAGAUCUGCAGUCACUGGGCAUUCUGAAGGUGGCGCAAUGCGACGAUGGUACCCAGGGUCUUGCACGAGUCUUUGUCAUUGCUGGAGCUGCAUGCAACAGCAUUGACGCUUAUGCAGCUGAGCAGGCCACCAUCUCCUCGGAGACCCAGACCUUCGAACAAGUGGAGACGGGAAUUGUCAUGUUGCUCUCGCAGCACGAGCGAGCAUGCAACGACGACGAGAAAGCUGUUGGCGAGGUGGCCCACACCCAGGUAAACUUCACAGCCAGGGCGAGUCGGAACUACAUGAUUCAUGGCUUUGCUGAGGUUGCGCCACUAUCUGACUUUGCGGAUAUGACAUACAACAAUCCCCAGCAAGAGUUCCACACCUUCGCGUAUACGAAGCUAGCAGAUGACGCGCGACUGUCGAUGUUGACUGAAACACUGGACGUGACCAUCUGCUCUCAUGCACAUUACACGGUCAACCCGGACACCUAUCCCUGCAAGAACUACGUGGGCAGCUCAGCUCGGCGUCUUGCACACAGAGCACAUGGAACAUCUGCAACAUAUGUGCUGCUUCAGUUGAAGUACGUCAAUCACGGUCUGGCUUGGGCCAGCUUACGGCCGAUCGGUGAAAUGCAGCUUUCCGUUUGUACGGAGGCUGUCAAUGUGUCCUUCACAGACACAAAGCUUGCAAUCCUGAAGAUCACCGUCAAGCCGGCAUCUGGUGAAUCGUAUUCAGUUAACGAGGUUGGCUCGGAGAUCUCCGCACAGAAUGGCGAUGAGGUUGAAUUCCUAAUGGAAAAGGAUCCAGUCACGGAGCUCUAUGACCUUAACAUCUCAUUGGGCGGGUACAACUUCUUCCCGCAGGCCAAAACAGUGGACCCUGAGAACAGUGGAACGAACAGUGAGUUGCUGGCCCUGCAUUUCGAUAGCAGACGGUUUGUGGCCUUCGUGGCCCCGAUAUAA